UCCGGGCCGAGCUGCGGAAGCGGAGCGCGAUGGCGCGGGCGGCGCAGUGCUUGUGAGCCUGAAUACAACCAAAGCAUGGAUAUGGGCAACCAACAUCCUUCCAUCACUCGGCUCCAGGAGAUCCAGAAGGAGGUCAAAGGGAUUGAGCAGCAGGUCCUGGGCUUCAGCGGCCUCCCAGAUGACAAGAACUAUAAGAAGCUGGAGCGGUUUCUCACGAAGCAGCUGUUUGAGAUCGACUCUGUGGACACAGAAGGGAAGGGUGACGUCCAGCAGGCACGCAAGAGGGCGGCACAGGAGACAGAGCGGCUCCUGAAGGAGUUGGAGCAGAAUGCCAACCACCCGCAUCGCCUGGAGAUCCAGAGCCUCUUCCGAGAAGCCCAGGACCUGGUGCGGGAGAAGAUAGUGCCCGUCUAUAGUGGCGGCCAGCAGGUGAGCGAGGAAUUUGAGGAGGGUCUCCAGGACAUCAUCUUGCGGCUGACUCACGUGAAGACUGGUGGGAAGGUGUCACUGCGCAAGGCCCGCUACCACACGCUGACCAAGAUCUGCGCCGUGCAGGAGAUCGUGGAGGACUGCACGCACCGCCAGCCCUCCCUGCCCCUCUCCGAGGACGCACACCCUGCUGUGGCCAAGAUCAACAGCGUCAUGUGUGAGGUGAACAAGGCCAGGGGCACACUGGUUGCCCUCCUCAUGGGUGUCAGCAGCACGGAGACCUGUCGCCACCUGUCGUGUGUGCUCUCGGGGCUGAUGGCUGACCUGGAUGCCCUGGACGUGUGUGGGAGGGUGGAGAUCCGGAACUACCGCCGAGAGGUGGUCGAGGACAUCAACAAGCUGCUGACCUACUUGGACCUGGAGGAAGCGGCUGACUCCACCCACGCCUUCGACCUGCGGCAGAACCACUCUAUCCUGAGAAUCGAGAAGGUGCUCAAGAGGAUGCGGGAGAUGCGGGAGGAGCUGCUCCACACCCAGAGCCCCCCUGAGCUCUCCCUGAGCUCCAAGACGGAGCUGCAGGGCCUGAUCGGGGAGCUGGACGCGGUGAGCGUGGAGAAGAACCCCUGUAUCCGCGAGGCGCGGCGCCGUGCGGUCAUCGAAGUGCAGACCCUCAUCACCUACAUUGACCUGCGCGAGGCGCUGGACCGGCGGCAGCGGCUGCCCGACGAGCAGCCUGAGCACCCGUCCCACCGGGCCGUGUGGGAGAUCCUGGGCCACCUGUCAGAGAUCCAGGGGGAGGUGCUGUCCUUCGAUGGCAACCGGACCGACAAGAGCUACAUCCGGCUGGAGGAGCUGCUCACCAAGCAGCUGCUGGCGCUGGACGCUGUGGACCCACAGGGCGAGGAGCGCUGCAAGGCCGCCCGGAAGCAGGCGGUGAAGCUGGCCCAGAACAUUCUCAGCUACCUGGACCUGAAGUCGGACGAGUGGGAGUACUAGCCCGGCAGUAUCCCGCUCCUGUUGCAGUUUGCACAUCCGUGUCCCCCGACAGCGUCCAGUUUGGGAGCCUUACCGUGCUUUCGACAUGGCCUAUGUUCAUCAGUAUUUAUGAUUUUGUUUUCAGCAAAUUAUAUUCAGCAACUCUGCUGUUUUCGAUGUUGCGAAAAAAAUUACUACAGCACAUGAACUUUUCCCUUGAAUCAUUACCUGUAUAUUGUAGCUUUUGUGGCUUAA